AUGCCCGCGUGCCCCGGACGCCUCCUCCCUCGUCUGCCCCGACGGCUCUCCCUGGCCGCGAUGCUGCUGCUGCUGGGCAGCAGCUGGCGCUGGGGCUUCUGCCCGCGGGCCUGGGCCCAGGAGCCAGGGACGGCGGCGGACCGGUCACCUGCGGCCGACGACGCGGAGACGCAGGACCCGCACGCCAAGCACCUGUACUCGGCCGACAUGUUCACACACGGGAUCCAGAGCGCCGCGCACUUCGUCAUGUUCUUCGCGCCCUGGUGUGGGCACUGCCAGCGGCUGCAGCCAACGUGGAAUGACCUGGGGGACAAAUACAAUAGCAUGGAAGAUGCCAAGGUCUACGUGGCAAAAGUGGACUGUACAGCUGACUCUGAUGUGUGCUCUGCCCAGGGGGUCCGAGGAUACCCCACCUUAAAGUUUUUCAAGCCUGGCCAAGAAGCUGUGAAGUACCAGGGUCCACGGGACUUUCAGACUCUGGAGACCUGGAUGCUCCAGACGCUGAACGAGGAGCCUGCGACGCCAGAGCCAGAAGUUGAACCUCCUAGAGCCCCUGAGUCAAAGCAGGGCCUGUAUGAGCUCUCAGCAAACAACUUUGAGCUGCAUAUUGCACAAGGCGACCACUUUAUCAAGUUCUUUGCUCCAUGGUGUGGUCACUGCAAAGCUCUGGCUCCGACCUGGGAGCAGCUGGCUCUGGGCCUCGAACAUUCCAAAACUGUCAAGAUUGGCAAGGUCGACUGUACACAGCACUAUGAACUCUGCUCUGGAAACCAAGUCCGUGGCUACCCAACUCUCCUCUGGUUCCGAGACGGCAAGAAGAUUGAUCAGUACAAAGGAAAGAGGGACUUGGAGUCGCUGAGAGAGUACGUGGAGUCACAGCUGCAGAGUCCAGAGACAGAGGCUACAGAGACCACUGAGCCUUCUGAGGCCCCAAAACUGGCUGCAGAGCCUGCUGCAGAUGAGGGCACUGUGUUGGUACUCACUGAAAGUAACUUUGAUGACACCAUUGCAGAGGGAAUCACCUUCAUCAAGUUCUAUGCUCCAUGGUGUGGUCACUGUAAGAAUCUGGCUCCUACUUGGCAGGAACUCUCUAAAAAGGAAUUCCCUGGUUUGGCAGCAGUCAAGAUAGCUGAAGUGGACUGUACUGCUGAGCGGAAUAUUUGCAGCAAAUACUCGGUACGAGGCUAUCCCACGUUGCUGCUUUUCCGAGCAGGAAAGAAAGUCAGUGAACACAAUGGCGGUAGGGACCUUGAGUCAUUGCACCAUUUUGUCCUGCGUCAGGCAAAAGAUGAACUGUAA